AUGGUCCACCGAAAUCCCUCAAUAGACAGAGAUGAUGACAACGACGCUGAUAUCACCGGUCUCCUGUACGCGCCGGAAGUGAUCCUGGAGAUCCCGGAGAACACCGUCAAGAAGAAUGUCAAGAAGGAGUUGUGGAGACAAGGGCUGCUGAACGUGUUUUAUAUCGCGUCAUGGUACUUCUUCUCGCUGUUGCUGUCGUUAUACAACAAAUGGAUGUUCUCACCGCAGCAUCUCAACUUUCAUUAUCCACUAUUCAUCACAUCGUUCCAUAUGAUUAUGCAAUUCGGUAUGGCCGCCGCCGUGUUAUACUUUAUCCCACGAUUUCGGCCACCACGGGAUAGCUUGUUCAGUUACGGCGACUACGUGAAGAAGAUCGGUCCAUGUGGUAUGGCGACCGGCCUUGAUAUUGGAUUGUCCAACGCGAGUCUGAAGACGAUCAGUUUGGCCUUUUACACUAUGGUCAAGUCAUCAUCCCUCGGCUGGGUCCUCCUGUUCGCAUUCAUCUUCCGCCUCGAGAAGCCGCGAGCAAGUCUGAUUAGCGUCAUCGCGUUGAUUACUGUCGGGGUUGUGCUGAUGGUUGUCAAAGAGACAAACUUUGUCCUGAUCGGUUUCCUCCUCGUCCUCACCGCCUCGGCACUUGGCGGACUUCGAUGGUCGCUCACCCAGAUUCUUCUUAAGAAGAACCCGGCGACGUCUAACCCAUUCUCGACGAUCUUGGUUUUGGCGCCAGUUAUGUUCGUCACACUUAUCGUGAGUGCAAUCGUUACGGAGGGUAUUAGCGGCUUUUUCACCAAGAUGGGAGAGAUCUGGCACGAGAAAGGGAUUCUGACGAUUGGGAUCUUGUUGUUUCCUGGUUUCCUGGCCUUUUUUAUGACAGCUGCGGAAUUCUCACUCAUCCAGUGCACCAGCGUCGUGACGCUCUCCGUCGCCGGCAUCUUCAAAGAAAUGCUCACGAUUCUUGUGGGUCAUGUCGUAUUCCGCGACUCUCAAUUCAGCGCACUCAACAUAUCGGGGUUGCUUGUCACGAUCCUUGGUAUCGCGCUUUACAACUACCUUAAGAUCAAGCGGAUGAAGAAAGAGGCGACUCAGGCAGCAAGGGAUAAACUACGGCCCCAGGACGAAGAACACGCAGAUACUCGGAGUAGAAAGGUGCAGGAGGACGAUGACGAUGUGGUGUUCGGAUUGGGGAGCGAGGAUGAGAACAAUGAUGAGGACCACCAACAGAUUGGGAGACGACAGUCACAAGGGUCACAUCCAUCACAAGAGGAGACCAGACUACUUCGACCAACACGAUAA